CUUCACUCCGAAGUGUUUUCUUGGAAGCUUUCCAGAAGUUGGGAGGGUUUCACUACUGAUGUUUGAUUAGAAAUAUAGUGUAUUUAUUUGCAAUUUUCAAUAAUCAUCCCGCCAUGGAUUCAGUAGGGAUGUCGUGUAUUAAAUAUUUAUUAUUUCUUUUUAAUUUACUUUUUGCGAUUUCAGGUAUUGUAAUUUUAACAAUUGGAAUAAUGAUUCAGCAAAUGUAUUCAAAUUACAAAAUAUUUAUUGACGAGAAGUUAUUUUCCUUGCCUGUUAUUUUCAUCGUAGUUGGUGUUUUUAUCUUUAUUGUUGCAUUUUUUGGAUGCUGUGGAGCUAUUCAAGAAAGUAACUACAUGUUAAUAACUUUUGCUGCCCUACUUUGCUUUAUAUUUUUAAUGGAAGCUGCUGGUGGCAUUGGUGGAUAUAUAAUGAAAGAAGACAUUCAUGAAAAACUUUCUGCAAAAAUGUAUAGUUCUUUGAGGAAUAGUAAUAAUUAUAAGAUUGAUAAUAAUACUUGGAAUGCUCUUCAGAAUGAUUUGUCUUGCUGCGGUGUUAAAUCCUCUGAAGACUGGUCAGUUAUUAUCACUGAUGGGACCCUCCCACAUUCAUGCUGCCCUAAUUUUCCUAUUGAUGAAAGUUGUGAAAAACAACGUGCUACUCCGUACGGAUGCUUGCCUGCCUUAGAAAAUGCCCUUGAACAAAAUAUCUUCCGCAUCAUUACAUUUGCUUUAAUUGUUGCAUUUGUUCAGCUAAUUGGAGUCAUUUUUGCUUGCUGUAUGUCUCGUUCUAUUCGUAAAUAUGAAACUGUCUAAUCAUUAUGUUCUAAUAGCCUGUAUGUUAUAAAUGAUUUUUCCAAAAUUUUAUCACAUAUAUUUAAUUAUUGCCCUGUUUGCCAAAUAUGUAUAAAAUUGAAUAAUCUAUUUUCUUUCUUAUGGGGUACCUCUAAAACAUAGUUUGUACCUGACCUGAAUCUCAGAAUUGUUUCCUUUUUAUUUCAGAGUAAAUAGUUCUCACCCACUUUUUAAUAUCUUAUUACACAUUUUGUCAAACUAUUCAGGAAAAAAUUAGUAUGUACUUAUUAAAAUUUUUACUGGUGUAUUUUAUAACUUAUAUAUACAUGCAUACAUAAAUACAUACAUACUGAAUGUGUUUGUAUCUAAGUAUAUUUAUAUAUAAAUAUAUAUUUGUGGUUUUUGUGUACUUACAUUUUAUACUGAAGUUUAUAUAAUAUUAAUUAUAUCUUUAAACUUAUUGUAGAGAUGUAGUAUCGUAAUGUCACCAUGGUUGUAGUGUUCUUUUUUAAUAGAUCCAUAAUUGCCAUUAUGUGUCUUUCAAUUGCAUUUUUUGUAUUUAUGGUUUCAUUUAGGUAAAAAAAAAAGACGCAAAAAAAAAUUAAUUUAAGAAAAAUCAGAAAUAAGAUAAAAUUAAGACUUGUCCAAGACUGUUGUGUUGCCCUGUUAAUAAAUCAUGGCUGACUGUUAUAUGCACAUUUUUAAUAUGAAUAAUCAAUAAUUUUUUAGAAUAUUUUAAGUUUUGCCAAAAGUUCAGUUCUUAGUUAUAUUCCUUAUUGAUUUUAUUAUAUUGUUUUUAAUUGUUAAUUUGUUUUUUAAAUUUAUAAGUUACUAAGAAUGGAAGUGCUAUAUUUUUUUCAUA